AUGAGGUAAUCCCUAGCAGCCGCGUGAAGUGCAGCAAGUGCGGUGAGAGGAGCAAGAACAGCAGCCGGCGUGAUGUCAGGCAGGAGCCGUGAGACGCGCUGACUCUUCUCACUUUUUCUCGUCUUAUCCGCUCUCUGCUCUAGCUUGGUGUGGUUAGCUGCUGAUAAGCUUUGGCGUUUUUUUUUUUGGGGGGGGUGGUCUUGUAUGUAGUCAGAGGAUCACUAUGUGGAGGGGUUUUUAGGCUAGGCAAAGCAGGGGUGGGACAGGCUUAGCCCAGGGGCUUGGGGGCUUAUAUUGGACACCCCCUCGGGUGGGGUGAAGAGACAGUCGAGGCAAAAAAAAAAAAAAAAAAAAAAAGAGACGAGGACGUGAGAGGGGAAAAGUGUGUGCCCAUCAUGACGGAAAGGUGCAGUCUGUGGAGCGCCUUGUCGGCUGCAGCGUGCUGCUUCUACCGGGGAUCUUUCAUGCAGGUGCAGUUCUCCAAGGAGAAGUACCUGCUGGAGUCUCCCCCCGAGAAGCUGCGGAAGGAGCUGGAGGAGGAGCUGAAGCUGAGUCCGGCUGACAUCAGGAGCCAUGGCUGGUAUCAUGGACACAUACCCCGAGAGGUGUCGGAGACUCUUGUGCAGCAUCACGGAGACUUCCUGGUGCGUGAUUCCCUGAUCAACGUGAGUGACUACGUGCUGACUUGUCGGUGGGAUAAUGAAGCGCUGCAUUUCAAGAUCAGCAAAGUCCUGGUCAAAUCCAAUGACACCAAGGUGCAGUACGUGCUGGAGUCGGAAAGCUUUGACUCGGUCCCGGAGCUGGUGCGCUUCUACGCAAGUCAACGCAAAGCCAUCUCGCAGACCAGCGGCGUCCACAUCUACUGUCCGGUGAGCCGGACCCUCCCGCUGCGCUACCUGGAGGCCACCUUCGCCCUAUCCGGCGGCAAGCACGGUUGCGCCUACUCGCCGUCCAAUCAGAGGGGAGCGUACAUCAAGAGACGGAGCGUUACCAUGAUGGAUGGGCUCACGACGGAGAAGAUGAUGCCUCAUAGCGACUCAGACAGCCCAAGUCCAGUUGAGACACCAGCGGCACCACCGGAACCUCAGCCGCAACCUGUGCCCAAAUGCAGCCCUUCCACCAUCCACCACCACAAAGACGCAAUGCGGAACUGUGCGAUGAGCAUGGACCAGAUUCAAGAGUACCGCUGUCCCUUGUCACCUGUCGGGGAGACGCCAAUGUCCCCUGCGUACUGUGCCAUCACCAGACAGAGAGCCCACUCAGGUGGGCGAGUCCUGGCGGUGGUGCCCCCUUCCCCCAUCGCGCGGCGUUCCAGCGACCCUCAGCUCAGCCCGUCUUCCAGCAACAACCCCCCGGAACAUCCCGCCAACAUCUCUCACUCGGCUCAUUCCUCUCCCGCUCAUCAUCCCGCUUUCCAGUCGCACUCCUCCGAAACAGCGGGCAGCUACUGCGACCUCAGACCUUGCCCUGCCGGACCCCCCAAACCUCCUACUAAGACCUACGUGGAGCGUUUGCGGGUGGAGGAAGAGUGGAACGAGGGUGUGAGGGAGGAAGGAGACGGCAUGUGCAGCGCUCCUCGGGUGGAGACCGCUUCCUUGUUCCGGCCAUCCAGGUAUGAGUCUUGCAUCAUGCCGGCUGACAACAAACCUCUGGAGAUGGCUGUGCUGAAGAGAGUGAAAGAGCUGCUGGCUGAAGUGGAUGCAAGGACGGCGGCAAAGCACAUCACCUUAGUCGACUGCACGAUUGCAAGAAUACUGGGAGUCAACUCGGAGAUGCAAAGGAUGAUGGGAGUAUCCUCUGGCUUGGAGUUACUAACGCUACCUCACGGACACCAGCUGAGACUUGACCUGCUGGAGAGGUUCUACACCAUGUCCAUCAUGACGGCCGUGGACCUGCUGGGCUGCACGGGAAGCACGGAGGAGCGGGCGGCCCUGCUCCAUAAGACCAUCCAGUUGGCGGCCGAGCUGAAGAGCAACCUGGGUAACAUGUUUGGCUUCGCCGCAGUGAUGAGGGCGUUGGAGCUGCCGCAGAUUUCCCGGUUGGAGCAGACGUGGGUGACGUUACGGCAGAGACAUACAGAAGGCGCCAUCCUGUAUGAGAAGAAGCUCAAACCUUUCCUGAAGAAUUUGAAUGACGGCAAAGAAACCACGGUGCCACCUUCUGGAUCUAGUGGGGGCAUUGGGGGUUCUCACACAUUGCUGGAGCGAGGCUUGGCUCUCGGGGAGGUACUGGAGCCAUGGGAGAGUGCAGAAGUGGGCGUCGACGUGGUCAUGCACCACCUGGAGGCAGCCCGGAUCGUCGCGCAUCACGGGGCGAUCUACAGGAGCAACGUCGAGAGCAAAUUGCAGGGGUUCCAGGUACAGGCCGACAUCCUUGAGAUCUUCCAGACGGAGUUCCAGAUGCGUCUGCUGUGGGGCUGCCGCGGUUCCGAGGGCAGCCAGCUGGAGCGCUACGAGAAGUUCGACAAGGUCCUCACCGCCCUCUCGCACAAGCUGGAGCCUCCGGUGCGGCACAGCGAGCUAUAGCGGUGAUUUUCUCAAACAAAGACACCUUGCAUUCUGCACUUACCACUCCGAAGUGGUCUUGUCUUUGCAUGGCGUAAAAGGGGGGACACUGAGGAAUGCGGGUCGACUGCCGCGAGUGGCGAGGCAGCUAAACGUACGGCGGGAUGUCACUUUCAACACCCCACACUGCAAACUGUAGCACUGCGGACGUCCUCAUUUCUCCCGAAAAUGUCCACAAGAGGAGACAAAUAAGUAUGGUGGUCCCCUGACAGUCAAUCUGCAGAGUUUGGCUUUGCUCCGCACACACAGAUGCUUCCCUGCUGUCUCACACUGUCAUAGAAAUGAGUGGUGAUAUUUGAAUUAGAUCAUAAUGAACAUGUCUUUCUGUGUGUGCGUGCGUGUGUAAUUCAUGUGAACAUUCCUUUAUUUCUUAAUUUUUUUUAGAGGAGCUCGAUCCAUUCAGGGCAUUCGGCUACUCAUACCUCGGGAAGCGGGAAGGAGCCGUUAAAGCUCAGUCCCAUCAAAUAUGUAUCGGCCACUCGUUCAUAGAUGCAUCUCAAAUGAAGGAGUAAAAAGUGAAGGCUUUGAGAGUUGUUCAAAACAGUAAUAAAGGACAUAUAAGAUCUUA